AUGGCUUUUCAUAAAUCGUUGACAAUGGAAGAAUUCGGACAAAGGAGAAGAUUGGAGCUCUGGCGGAUUGUUCUGUGUUUUUCUUUGCUGAUGUGCUUUGCGGACAGAGUUUCAACUCACAUAAGGUACUCAGUGCCAGAGGAGGUGAAUGAUGGAUUUGUUGUCGGAAAUCUUGCUAAAGAUUUGGGUCUUGAUGUUAAUAGGUUGGUGGACAGACGUUUCCGAAUCGUUUCUGGAUCUAAUGACGCUCUCUUCCGGCUUAAUCAGAACAAUGGCGUGUUAUAUGUUCAUACAAAGAUCGACAGAGAACUCAUAUGCGACGGCAAUAACCCGUGCGUAAUAGAUCUCAAAGUUGUAGUGGAAAACCCACUGGAGGUUCAUUAUGUGGGGGUAGAUAUUACUGAUGUAAAUGACCACGCUCCAGGUUUUCCAGAUAGGCAACAAAGGUUAGAGAUUGCGGAAAGCACGUUACCGAGUGCGCGUUUUCAGCUCCAAAGUGCGCGUGAUCCAGAUAUCGGCGUAAAUUCAGUGCAUGCGUAUAAAAUAAGCCAAAACGAGCACUUUGACUUAGAGAUAAGGGACAGGGGCGACGAAAAGGUCCCAUUCCUGGUUUUACAGAAAGCAUUAGAUAGGGAGCGUAAAGCUGAGCAUGAACUGACACUGACAGCAGUGGAUGGUGGAAAUCCAGCAAAGUCUGGAACUUUAAAUGUCACCGUCACUGUUCUGGAUAUCAAUGACAAUCGUCCAGUGUUCAGCCAAGAGGUUUACACGGUAAAUUUACAGGAAAACUCUCCAAUCGGAACCAUAGUAAUUAAGGUGAGCGCAACCGAUCUAGACGAUGGUACAAACGGAGAGGUAAGAUACUCGCUUAGUAGUAAAUUAAGCCGUAAAGUUUAUGAUGUAUUUGAUUUAAACGCAACUUCCGGUGAAAUUCGGGUGAAAAGCGAAAUAGACUUUGAAAGCACUGAUGUGCACAGACUAGAUGUUUUGGCCUCUGAUAAAGGCACACCCCCGAUGACUGUAGAUUGCAGGGUUAUUGUGAAAAUUUUAGAUGUAAAUGAUAACGCACCGGAAAUAGAUAUCAUGUCACUUUCCAAUUCAGUGCCUGAAGAUUCCAAGCCGGGAACUGUUAUUUCAUUAAUCAGUAUUUUAGAUAAAGACUCUGGUGUAAAUGGGAAAGUUUUAUGUACUUUGUCCCAGGAUAUUCCUUUUGAAUUAAAACAGUCCAUUAAGGACAAUAUGUACUCUUUAAUCACAAAAUCGCGUUUAGACAGAGAGGAGACCUCCCGUUAUGAGAUUACAUUAACUGCCUCAGACCUGGGCCAGCCUCCUCAAACUGCACAGAGGACACUGAGUGUGCAGGUGUCCGACGUGAAUGAUAACAGUCCAAAGUUUUCUCAAAAUCCGAUCGAAUUAUAUGUAAUUGAAAAUAACACUCCCGGUGCUUCUAUAUUUUCUGCAACUGCGUCGGAUAAGGACAUGAAUGAAAAUGCAGUAAUCUCAUACAGCAUUCUUAGAGGAGGCGGUGCAAAGAACAACAUGCCUACAUUUUUAAGUGUCAAUUCUGAAACUGGAGUUAUUCACGCGCUCAAAAGUUUUGAUUUUGAAACAACCAAAACGUUCCAGUUCCACGUGCUCGCUACAGAUUCUGGAACUCCGUCACUAAGCAGCAACGUCACAGUGAACGUGUUCAUUCUGGAUCAGAACGACAACGUUCCAGUGAUCUUAUAUCCAGUCAGCGCUAACGGUUCUGCUGAAGGUGUGGAGGAGAUUCCCCGCAAUGCCAACGCAGGACAUUUGGUGACUAAAGUGAGAGCCUAUGACGCGGAUAUAGGAUACAACGGCUGGUUAUUAUUUUCACUGCAGGAAGUGAGUGACCACAGUCUCUUUGGUUUGGACCGCUAUACAGGACAGAUAAGGACCCUUCGCUCAUUCACAGAAACAGAUGAGGCUGAACAUAAACUGGUCAUACUGGUCAAAGACAAUGGGAACGUUUCACUUUCAGCAUCAGCGACUGUGAUCAUUAAACUUGUGGAGCCCAAAGAACCUUUUUCUGCUACUGAUGUUAAAAAGGCAGUAAAAGAAGAGGAAGAAACUAACGUUACAUUUUAUUUGAUUAUUAUAUUGGGUUCGGUUUCAUUUCUUUUUAUUGUCAGUAUCAUUGUGCUGAUUGUAAUGCAGUGCUCCAAAUCGACAGACUAUUCCUCCAAAUAUUUACAAGAUACGAAUUACGACGGCACACUGUGUCACAGCAUCCAGUACAGAUCCGGAGAUAAACGCUACAUGUUAGUUGGACCCAGAACGAGUAUCGGUUCUACUAUAGUUCCGGGUAGCAAUGGGAAUACUCUUGUGAUACCAGAUCGCAGGAGGAGAACUUCUGGUGAGGUAAGACUUUAA